UUAAAACUGGACUAGCAAAAUGCCGACAAAGGCAGUAUUCCCCACCUUCUACAACAAGGAGACCAAGAUCUGGAGUGGCCCGCCAAGGGCCACGAUGUACGACCACAAUGCAUCGAUCGGUCAGAUUGUCUUCAACUCGCUGCGCUGCUGGCCCACCAAUGUGAUUCAGAUCACCGACGACGACGGCACCGUUCUGACCAACGCCGACAUGCUGGCCUAUGCCACCCGCAUUGCCUUGUUCUUCAAGAGCGAGGGUCUGACCCAGGAUGACCACGUCGGGAUCAUUGCCAACUCCAGCACCUUCGUGAUCCCCGUGGCCACCGCCUGCUUCUUCCAAGCCACGCCCUUCCACGCCGUCAACUAUUCGCGGGAGCCGGCCAUCAUCAAGGGGCUCUACUCGGUCACAAAGCCCAAGAUCAUGUUCAUCGAUGCCCCCGACUACGAGCGCAUCAAGGAGGUCACCAAGGAGUGGUCCCCCAAGCUGAUAACGCUCACCGGAAAAGUGGAGGGCGUGACGAGCAUCGAGGAUCUGGUGAAUCCCCAUCCCGCCGAGAAGAUCUAUGUACCCGCAGCCUUGGCCACAGGUGGUGACCAAACCGCCGUGGUGCUGUGCUCCUCGGGCACAGCUGGUCUGCCCAAGGCAGUGGCCCUCUCGCACCGCCACAUUGCGUCCACCAACUCGCUGUGCAUCAGUACUGAUGUGGUGUACACCAGUGCCACCAUUGACUGGAUGACCGGAUUCUCGAUAACCGUAAUGAAUCUCACUUGGGGCUUCACCCGCAUCAUUUCCAACAAGACCUUCAGUGCCGAGACAGCCCUGUACCUGCUCCAGAAGUACAAAGUCAACUGUCUGGCUAUGGCUCCUUGGCAGGCCUACGAGCUGUACACCAGUCCACUGGCCACUCCGGAGAAGCUGGAGACCUUGAAGAUGUCCUUCGUGAUCGGGGGCUGGAUAUCGUUGGCCCUGCUGCGCAGAGCCCAGGAACUAAUGCCCCGGACCUACAUCAUGUUCUCGUACGGAACGACGGAAACCGGCGUGGUGACCAUCAACAUCGACCAUAGUUUGGAGUGCUCGGUGGGCAGAGUGGCGCCCGGAAUGAGGAUCAAGAUCAUCGGCGAGGAUGGCCAGCAGCUGGGCGUGAACCAGACGGGCGAGGUGGUCAUCGACAUUGGGCUGAAGUGGGAGGGAUAUCUGGCCAACCCAGAGGACACGUUGGCCACCAUCCAGAAUGGCUGGAUCAAUCUGGGCGAUCUGGGCUACUUCGACGAGGACAACAACCUGUAUCUGGUGGACCGCAAGAAGGACCUCUUGAAGUACAAGUCCAAGCACUAUUGGCCCAACGAGAUCGAGCAGAUCAUCGCCGAACUGCCGGAGGUGGAGCACGUCUGCGUGGUGGGAGUUCGCGAUGAGAGGUAUGGCGAUGCCGCCGGAGCCUUGAUCAUCAAGAAAGAGGGCGCCGAGAUCACCGGACAGCAGAUCAUCGACCAUGUGGCCCAGCGCGUGGUGGUGGACUACAAGCAGCUGAAUGCAGGAGUCAUCUUCGUCGAUCACUUCCCCAAGAACGCCAAUGGCAAGGUCAUGCGGAGCUUGGCGCGUGAGGUCUUCGAGGAAACCACCAAAUAGGACUAAAUACGAAAUCUAUUUUAAAGAAUAAUGUAAAGAAAAACCUAAGUCUUUGUUGCGCGUGAUAAUUAAAGUGUACAUUUUUUGUUAGUUUA